AUGGCGGCGUGCUCCGAGUCCAACAUCGCAAGUUCACAUGCUUGCCCAACGGUUCCGCCUAGUACAGCUUUACAACCCGACACUCAGGACCGUUUCGACUGGAGAGCUAUUCCUGUGCACCAUCCGGUCGACAAAUAUGUUCAGUUGCCCUCAGAAGAGUCCGUACCCAAAAAGCCUAUCCAGCAUACCUUUGAGUCUCCAACAUCGGAAGCCAAGGCUGAGAUUGUGAGGCGCCAGACCGCAGUGAAAAGGGUCUUCAAAAGAGGCUGGCAGUCGUACAGAGACAGAGCAUGGACUCAAGACGAGCUCACUCCUAUUUCAGGGAGCGCCAGAACCACUUUUGGAGGAUGGGGGGCAACACUAGUUGACAGCCUAGACACUCUCUGGAUCAUGGGCAUGGAGGCCGAGUUCGCAGAAGCAGUUGACGCUGCCCUACAAAUUGACUUUAGUCCAAGCGGUUCCGGCGAUGUGAACAUGUUUGAGAUCAUCAUACGGUACCUAGGUGGCUUCAUAGGUGCAUACGACAUUUCCGGUUGCCACGACUCGCGUCUGCUCAGGAAGGCUCUUGAGGUCGCUGAUAUGGCGUAUGCCUCAUUCGACACAUCGAACAGAAUGCCAGUCUCUAGAUGGAAUACAGUAAAAGCUGCCGCUGGAGAAGAGCAGCUACCGAUGCAAUCAGGACUGAUAGCGGAGCAUUCCUCAGCAGGCUUGGAGUUCAGCCGCCUCUCGCAGCUUACUGGAGAUAUGCGUUACUUUGAUGCUAUAUCAAGGGUAACCGACGUAUUGGACAGCCAGCAGGGAAAAACAAAGCUUCCAGGCAUGUGGCCGGUUGUGGUGGAUAUGUCGAAGCCUGACCUGACGGGGAGUUCGGGGUUCACCUUGGGCGCCAUGGCUGAUUCAACGUACGAGUAUCUCCCCAAGAUGUAUCAACUGCUAAGCGGAAAAGGUACUGUGGGAGCACAGUAUCGUAAAAUGUACGAAUAUUCGAUGGCGACGGCAAUUGAACACACGCUGUUUCGGCCAAUGGUGGAAGACAAGGCUGAUAUACUGGUUGCGACUGGCAACAACGAUGGGAAGAAAGAUAACAUCGGACAGCAUUUGAUCUGUUUUGCAGGAGGAAUGCUAGCUCUUGGUGGGCAAAUAUUCGAAAACCACACCCAUCUCGAGACUGGUCGCAGACUUACCGACGGUUGCGCUUGGGCAUACAAAAAUGCACCCAACGGCAUCAUGCCGGAGCUUUAUACACUAGAGGCCUGUCCGACAUUGUCCGAAUGCGAGUACGUCUCGAAACCCAGCUCAAAAUCGGAAUCAGAUCCCUUCAGCAGCGUCCCAGAUGGCCGAUACAUUCUCCGACCGGAGACAAUUGAGUCCGUCUUCUACAUGUACCGUAUUACAGGCGAGCGCCGCUAUCAAGACAUAGCAUGGGACAUGUUCCAGGCGAUUGAGAACAGCACUCAGACAGAGUUUGCUAACGCCGCGAUCCGAGAUGUCAUGAAGAAUCCGCCAGAGAAAGAAGACAGCAUGGAGAGCUUCUGGAUGGCGGAGACGCUCAAGUACUUUUACCUAAUUUUCAGCGACCCGAGUCUAGUCAGUUUGGAUGACUUUGUAUUCAACACGGAAGCGCAUCCGUUUCGGAUACCCCUUGAUAGAUAG